AAGGUGGAGGAGGAAGAUGAGGAGGGCUCAGCGGAGGAACAAGAAGAAGAAGAGGAGGAGGAGGAGAACUGGGACAAAGUGCUGUCUGUGGAGCGCUUCGGAGACAUCAUCAGUGACUCUGCUUCCACCAGUGGAGACAGGAUGGGCCGACACUACACUGAGAAAGACUUUGAAUAUCACAGACACACAUUUCACCAUACACACCACCCCUUAUCCACCCACCUGCCCGUGCCCCAGCGUUUACGCAAGAGGGUGCACAGCACGGACAGAAGGCGCAAAAAGAAACGGAAGAAAAAAAAGACGUCUCUGGCCCCCUCCAAUGUUACACCGACCAUCCACGAGGUAGACGAGGAAGAAGCGGAGUCUGAGACCGACGGACAGGGGGUGGCUGCCACACCCACAGAGCUACUUGAUGUCCAGCCACAGUUUAGUUUGGGGAGCCAAGAGGACUUGGAGGAACCCCUUCCACUUACUACCUUUCACAUGGAAAACGAACAACAUCAAUUGUCAACGAAAGCCACAUCCAUUCUGACAAAGGGGGAGACUCGUAAUGGGGAAAUUGCUGUUUUGGGACAGAACGAGGAUGGAGAGGAAGCCGCUUGCAGCAGUGUUCCAGGAUCAGAUCCCUCAAGUUCAACCAUGACCCGCGGCUGGUUCUGUAGGAAGCCCAUCCACCAUCGCCUGGCGGGCGCCCAGCGGAGCAACUAUGACCUGCGGGAGCGGAUCUGCAUAGGCAGCAUGACUGCUCUGGAGACAGCCAUCUACCAGCAGGUGCCCACUGAUGAGGCUGAGGCCCAGAUGUUGGCCAGUGCCGAUCUGGAUGACAUGAAAAGUCACAGAUUUGAGGACAACCCCGGGGUGAGACGUCACCUGGUGAAGAAGUCAUCACGAUGUCUGGUGAACCGGGCCAACAGUUCCACACCACUAUGCAGUCUGAAGAAGAAGAAGAGAGCAGCAGAUAAGAAAAUUCAUGAGUUGUUUGUGGAGCUGAACGAGCUGAUUGUGGAGAAAGACCAUGAAAUGCAAUGGAAGGAGCGGGCCCGCUGGAUCAAGUUUGAAGAGGAUGUGGAGGAGGAGACAGAACGCUGGGGCAAACCUCAUGUGGCCUCACUCUCCUUCCGCAGCCUGCUGGAACUUCGCCGCACCAUCACGCACGGCGCCGUCCUUCUGGACCUCGAGCAGAAGACACUGCCCGGCAUCAUCCAUCUGGUGGUGGAGACGAUGAUCAUCUCUGAUCAGAUCCGAGCUGAGGACAGACCCAGUGUCCUUCGGGCUCUGCUUCUCAAACACUGCCAUCCGAAUGAUAUGAAACAACGUUUUCACCGCCACCACUCAUCCAGCAGUCUUCAUAGCAGCAUCAAUCACAACCACGUCCAGGAACCCACUCUGCCACUAAUGGUGACUGAAGGGCAAGAGGACGAGAACAAGGGGCCAGUAUACGACCCAAAACAAGAUGUGUUUGUCAGCCUGUUUAAAUCUCUCCACCCUGUGCAUCCUGAGAGCUUUCCAGCCGCCGCCAGAUCGAUGAAACUCCUCGCCAAGAUUCCCAAAGAUGCCGAGGCUGUCAUCGUUUUAGUUGGCUGUGUCGAUUUUCUGGAACAGCCAGCCAUGGCCUUCGUCAGGUUGAAUGAGGCAGUCCUCCUGGAGUCGGUGCUGGAGGUCCCCGUCCCUGUUCGCUUCAUUUUCAUCCUGCUUGGUCCCAUUCAGUCCAACGUGGACUAUCAUGAGAUCGGACGCUCCUUCGCCACUCUAAUGUCUGACAAGAGUUUCCACGAGGUGGCCUAUUUUGCUGACGACAGACAGGACCUCCUGAAUGGUAUCAAUGAAUUCUUGGACUGCAGCAUCGUCAUUCCACCCUCCGAUGUGGAAGGCAAAGACCUCCUGAAGACGGUGGCUGACUUCCAGAAGCAGAUGAUGCGCAAGAGGAAGGAAAGAGAACUCAAGAGGCAGCAGUCCUCUGCUGGAUUGGAGCAGAACAACAAAGAGGUGAGUCCAGAGGAGGAGGAGGAGGGAGACCAGGAGGUGGACCCAUUAAAGCGCUCAGGGAUCCCUUUUGGAGGCCUGAUCCACGACAUCCGCCGCCGCUACCCACACUACAUCAGCGACUUAAAGGAUGCUGUGGACACGCAGUGCAUCGCUGCCGUCAUCUUCAUCUAUUUUGCUGCACUGUCGCCCACUAUUACCUUCGGAGGCCUGCUGGGAGAAAAAACAGAGGGCAUGAUGGGAGUGACGGAGCUAAUUGUGUCAACUGCAACUCUUGGAAUUAUAUUCUCGCUGCUUGCUGGCCAGCCCCUUCUCAUCAUAGGCUUCUCAGGACCCUUACUGGUGUUUGAAGAGGCCUACUACAAGUUCUGUCAGGCCCAUAACUACGAGUACCUGACUGGUCGAGUGUGGAUUGGUUUCUGGCUCGUCUUCAUUGUGCUGGUGAUUGUGGCAGCGGAGGGCAGCUUUCUUGUUCGCUACAUCUCACCCUUUACCCAGGAGAUUUUUGCUUUCCUCAUCUCCCUUAUCUUCAUCUAUGAGACUUUCUCUAAGCUCAUCAAGGUUUUUAAGGAACAUCCACUGAUGGCAGUGUAUCCCAGUUCCCCAGCUACUGAUUAUGUGAAUGACCACAUCCUCAACCAGCCCAACACUGCUCUCCUGUCUCUAGUCCUCAUGAUAGGCACUUUCUUUGUUGCUUUCUUCCUCAGGAAAUUCCGAAACAGUCGGUUUUUAGGUGGCAAGGUCAGAAGAAUCAUUGGUGACUUCGGCAUCCCCAUCUCGAUUUUACUUUCGGUAUUGGUGGAUAUCGCCAUCCCUGACACUUACACACAGAAACUCAAUGUGCCGUCGGGUUUCUCAGUCACCGCCCCUGACAAAAGAGGCUGGUUCAUCAGUCCCUUUGGCGAUAAGAAGCCUUUUCCCACCUGGAUGAUGGGAGCAUCUAUUGUACCUGCCCUUCUCGUCUUCAUCCUCAUUUUCAUGGAAACUCAGAUCACUUCAUUAAUAGUCAGUAAGAAGGAGCGUCGCCUGGUUAAAGGGUCAGGCUUCCACCUGGAUCUUCUGCUCAUCGUCAUUCUCGGUGCCAUCUGUCCUCUUUUCGGCCUGCCGUGGCUCACUGCAGCGACUGUGCGCUCCGUCACUCAUGUCAACGCCCUCACCGUCAUGAGCAAAGCCACGGCGCCUGGCGAAAAGCCCAUGAUCCAGGAGGUGAAAGAACAGAGGUUGACCGGGCUUCUGGUGGCUGUUCUUGUUGGUAUGUCCAUAGUGAUGACAGACGUGCUCCGCCACAUCCCUCUGGCGGUGCUGUUUGGCAUCUUCCUGUACAUGGGGGUCACCUCUCUGACAGGCAUCCAACUGUAUGAACGCAUCACGCUCAUGGUCACGCCCGCCAAGCAUCACCCUGACCACAUCUACGUCACCAAGGUGAAGACAUGGCGUAUGAACUUGUUCACCAUCACGCAGCUGGCGUGCAUCGUGGCUCUGUGGGUAGUGAAGUCUACCGUGGCCUCCCUGGCGUUCCCCUUCGUCCUCAUCAUGACGGUGCCGCUGCGACGCCUCAUCCUCUCCAGGAUUUUUGAGGAACGUGAGCUCCAGGCGCUGGAUUGCGACGAGGAUUCUCCCAACUUUGAUGAAGAUGGACGAGAUGAGUACAACGAGAUCCACAUGCUUGUAUAAAUUUAAAUAUGGACCCGGCCAAUAUGACCUCCUCCAUCCUCCAGCUUUGACCAAUCAGAGCAAGCCUCUUUGGAAACCUCAGUGUCUCUGGGUGACGGAGACAAAGCGAGCGGAGCUAUCGCAGUGGUGUGUAAUUGUAAUUGUGUAAAAUAUUCAAAGGCUAUAGCUGGAUAAUCACCUCUUACCUUUGUUUAUUCCAUUUUUUUAAAAAGAACACACCUAAUG